CGGGCUGAGAGACUGUGGGAACUGAGAGCUGAGAUGGCUGAUUAAACAGGGCUGACAACGAUCGGGAGAUAUCAUCUAAUUGUUUUUGUAAAGCGAGUUGUCCUUCUCCUAGAGACCGGAGUACCUGAGAAUGUUGACCCAGUAGAUUUCCUUGUGCAGACACGGCGUGAUGUAGGUCGCUUCCGGGUUCGGUUUUUCUGGCGGCUUGCUCCGUGUGAUCCAUGUUUUUGGCUGGAUUAUUCUGUCAAGGGGUGUUGUAUGGAUCCAAGGAGUGAAGCUUACGGAGAAUGAUAAAGAACAGUUUAUUAAAUGUGCAGAGGAGAUUGCAGGGUUUGCUGAACGGACGGGCUGGAGCGGGCAGACAGGACUUUCCGGGAUGCAGGCGAGGUACGGACGGGUUCUUGGGAGAGAGAUGUCAACAGAGAAGUUGGUUAUUUGUGCUGCUGCUCAUCAACAGAGAAUCUACUAGUUAUCUGUUCCUAAAACUAUACGGCUUCAAUUUGCUCCAACACAAGAGAUGAAGGAGGAAUGUGGGAGUUUCAUGGCGGCCCUGUCUGUGAACGUGGUGACAGUCAACAUGUUACUGAGUGUCUUCUUUCUUUCAGGUGUUUUGGCUGAUUGUGAUGAAAUAUCGUACCUCUCCAUCACAACACCAAAGGAGAUGGAAGCACUGAGUGGAUCUUGUUUGCAAAUCCCAUGUAGCUUUACUCCAUCAGGCGACGGGUUUAACAACCAGGCAGAGAUCUUUGGAAUUUGGAUGAAAAAUGAAUCGAACUUUGGAAAAAAGGAAAAUGUCAUUUUCAACAGUAGUAGAAGAGAUAACGUCUAUCCAAUGGAAAUUAUUGGAAAACUGAAUGAGAAAAACUGCACCACUCUGUUUUCUAAUUUAACCACAACUCAUACAAACACAUACUUCUUCAGAAUUGAGAGCAAAUCGUUCAGAUCAACGUCUCCUUGUGAUCAUCUUCAAAUAAGAGUUAAAGAUUCUCCUCAGAGACCCAGAAUAGAAAUCUCAGGUGAUGUGAAGGACCUGAAGGAGAAGGAGUCUGUCACUAUAACCUGCUCAGCUUUCACUCCCUGUCCACACUCCCCUCCUGAACUCACCUGGAAUCUCCAACAAGACUCUCACAGACAAACAGAGGAAAACACAGAUGGAACCUUUACAACUAAAAUCCAGCAGAACAUCACUCUGUCACACACACAUUAUGGAUACAACAUCACAUGUUCUGCCAGAUAUCCUGUGGAUGGAGGAAAACGUGUGAAGACAUCAGAGACAGAAGAGACUCUCAGUGUUUCAUAUGCUCCUAAAGACACCUCAGCAUCCAUCAGUCCAUCAGGUUUGGUGUCAGCAGGUAGCUGGGUGAAGCUGAGCUGCUCCAGCAGAGCCAAGCCUCCCGUCAGCAGCUUCACCUGGUUCAAGAUCAGCACAGAGGGACCCGUUAAUGUGUCUGAGGGACCGGUUCACAGCUUCAAUGCAACGGAUGGAGGAGUUUAUUACUGUGUGGCUGCAAAUAAACUGGGAAACCAGACGUCCCAAGAAAUCCGUCUUAAUAUUAAAGACCCAUCAAACAGCUCAGCGUUCAUUAAAUUCGGAGGAAUUGCUGUGAUCAUCAUACCCAUCUGCCUGCUUGUCUGGUUUUGGAGGUUUAAGAAACGUCCAACUCAACAAGAGAAUCAGAAUCAAACAGGUGAAGAGCUUACUCUUCAAAUUCCAGCCAAUAAACCAGAGGAAGAAGUCCAUUAUGAAGAUAUAAACGUUUUGACCCGGAGACCUGAAGCUUCCUCCGUCUCAGUGUAGGACAGCAGACAGCAGCAGGAGACGGUGUACGCACAGGUCAAAGUGUCCAAACAAGAAAACAGCUCAACACGAAUGACGAACGGACCAGAUCUCUACGCUCAAGUAAAGAAAAAGUGACUCUUGGUGUGUGAUUAAAUAUCACAUCUUUACUUUUUUAUGUUAGUUAAUGUUUUUACUCCUUUCAGUUCAACAGAAGCUGCAAAGUUUCUCACACAGCGGUUCAAGUAGUUUUGUCACUUUAGAUUUUAUUAUUGUCCAGUUUGGGUUGAAGUAUUCAUACAUCCUUUAUUUAGAAAAACUAAAAAUACUACACUGUAAAAGUACUUGAUUAAAUGAUUUUUUUUUUUUUAUCAAAUAUUGGGCAGUAUGUGCUGAUAAAAAGCUGAAUUAUCUGUAACCCCAUAGAUUCCAGAGGACAGAAUCCACAGGAUUUCCAUUUCAGUCCAUCUGAAAGUAAAUCUGAAAUGUCUCGAUUAACUUUCUGUUUUAGUAUUUUGUGUGUAUUUUUAUGUGUAUAUAUUCAUAUCUGUUUUUUGCUUUUCUAAACACAGCAUGAGAAGAUGUGCUCUAUAAAGAUUUCUCAGGUUUAUGUUUUAACUUUGUCUCUUGGUUUUUGGAUUUUCAUGCUGUCUUUCAGGUCGCUUUACUUCCUGUAUUUCAACGUAGUUGAUUUUAGUUUAUUCCCACUAUUUCUGCUUUAUGCCUCAUUCGCCUCACACCUGGGGCCUGUCCUAGAAAGGAUCUCUCAGUCUAAAGAAAAACUCUGGGUUAAAUUAGUCUGAGCUGAGUUUUUGGUUCCAGAACAGCUGCUGUAAAUUAGUUGUAAGUAUCAUCCCAUCCCAUAGUUAGGAACCACAUUAAAAAGCCAUCAUCAGUGAAGCACCAAUACCAACUCCAAUACAAAGAUCUUAGAUCCAAAGACUCUGGUCAACUAGUCCAGACCAGAGUCCAGACUAAACAUGGAGACGCAGCAUUUAGCUGUUAUGCUGCAAACAAGUGGAACAAACUGCCAGUGGAG